GAUCGGCUCAAAGAAAGCCAAAGAAGUUCUACCACACUUGCAGUCUGUUUCAUGGGGCCCUACCAGCCCCACACCGCCCUCAGACGCUUCGGUGGCGCUGGGUGUCAUGGGAGUUAGUACGGCACAAUCCCCUCCGGGUGUGGCACGAAAUCGUGGGACACGGCCGUCUAUGCCUGCCUCAUCGGCGGGCAGGCCACGAGAGCGUGGAGAGGCGACAACGAGGGUCGUGGCCGCAUCUUUACUCGGCCGCACUUACGUGUCAUGGAGCCACACGAGGAAGUCGACGGCGACUACCAGGAAGAAGCAAGCAGAGUUGGGUAGGCGGCGCUCGUCCAUGUCAUGGACGAGGGAGGUGCAUGCUGCUGGGUGCGAGCGUCGUGGCGGGUUAGAUGCUCCCGUUGAGGGCGCAGGCGGAGGUGGAUUUGCAGCGCCUGGUUCACGAGUGUCGACUCAUGGAUUGAGGAAGGUGUCACAGAUCAUCAGGGCAGAUGUGGUGGGGCCUCCCCGAACACAGAGGCCGAUACAUCUACAAGCAUCACGUCGGAAUGGUGAGACCACAGGAGGCGAGGAGUUGGAGAUGAUGUCGGGCAGCCGUCGCACGGACACCCUCAUAUCGGCAUCAGAGAGGGAGAUCAGACGAGAUGGCAUCAUGGUGGUCGACAAUGAUCAUACUUACCUCAUUGCAGAGGAGGCUGACGGAGAGGAGGACCUGCCGAUACACGCGCCACUCAGGAGCAUACUCGCUCGUGGCAAGCGACGGACCACGACCCCACCGAGACGCGAUGGACGCUAUUGACUUUUUUUGUUUUUUACUGGUCAAAGGCACAAGUGCAUCAUGUAGUUUUUACACGUUCCAUUACCUUGUCGUCUCAUUAGCAGCAUUUUUUCGUUAUUAGGCAGUUUUUUUUUUUUUUUCGAUCUCUAUUGUGCAUAUGGCUAGGAAGAUUUUCAGGACCCGGGCGUGAAGCCCGGGUGACUCGGUCAUGGCGAAAAAAAAAAAAAAAAAAUGGCGGUGGGGUUUUUCCGCGCUCUCCGAGAGGAGCCCAAAUCCGGGCUCUUUUCUUUUUUUGAGUGUUGGCUGUCAAGGGGGGGAAAGGGGAGUGUAAAUGAAAUUUAAAGGGGCUA